CUGAGUGCUCAGGUGUCUUUUUUUAUGUCUGAACCAGGAUAAAGAAGCGAUGGAGGGGAACCAGCAGCAUGAUCCUUCAAACUGGUUCGUAAAGAACCAGCUCCAGUCUGUCAUCAAAGACGGCGUCGUCCCGGAGUGGUUCCACGGGGUCAUUCCGAGGAAGAAGGCAGAGGAACUGCUGAGUUCCAGGCCGCCGGGUUACUUCCUCAUCAGAGUCAGCGAGAGCCGGAUCGGCUACACGCUUUCGUUUCGCAUCGCAGACCGCUGCAGACACUUCAUGAUCGACGUGCAGGAGGAUGGACAGUACAUCAUCUUAGGCGAGAACAGGAGUCAUCGGCUUCUGCAGGACCUUGUGGACUAUCACCGCAGGCAUCCCAUCAUGCCGUUCGAUCAGCUCCUCACUAUUGCCUGUGGACAGACCUCAUCUAGCUCCACAGACUACGCAGAACUGCUGUUUCCUCAGAGAGGAAGAGUUCCUCAAACCAGUGUUCCCCCCAAAAGUGACCCCCUUCUCACCCAGAGUCACCCAGAAUUAGAGAAAGACGCACCCCCUGCUCUUCCUUAUCGAACUCAAACUCCCAGCAGCUCCGGGCCUGCAGAGGCCCAAGGCAGCAGGCUGUACCCGAGCCUGGAAACGAUGCUUCCCGAUGUCAGCCCUCCACCACCGACAGCGACCAGGAAGAGAUUCGUAGCUGAUAACCCUCCGGUGAAGCCGCCUCCCACGCUGCCUCCCGUCCGAAACCAGCCCUGCGUCAGGACGGUCUCUGCGCCCGCCAGUUCCAGCGUUUCGCCGGCUUCAGAGCAAGCACACGCCAACAUCCACGCUGGGAAGGUGUCUGUUGUCACCAACCUGAAGAACCUGAAGAAGAAAUUCCAAAAAAUGAGGAAUUCACCUGCAGAUUGUUCAACCCCAGAAGACGCCGUGCAUGAGUACCAGGAGAUUGGAGAUGCACAUCUCUACUCUGAAGUGACUUUGGUAGACGAUGAGCGGCCUCAAGAAUAUACUUCACCUCCACCUUUUGCCCCAGGCUUCUGAUCCGUGGGGUCCAGACGCCCCCCAAUAUGAAUGGUCUCUUUAUUUUUUCUCAAAAGCAAAAACAUUGACCUUUCUCCUGACCUUUGAGUUUUCAGGGCCUCUGAUUCAGCACAUGGAGCCUAAAAAAGUCCAUCUUUCCUGCUUCCUGCUUCCCUCCGUCGCAGCUCUGCAUGUCCUUUUCAAAUGUGGCACCAAUGAAAAGAGUCACAACGCUGUAAGACAGAGGUGUCAAACUCAAUCACACAACGGGCCUAAAUCCAAAACACACCUUAGGUCGCGGGCUGAAACGGAUAAAUAUUUAUUGAACAC